GCAAAUCUUCUAACGGUCGCCGGCCUUUGACUGGCAUCUCUUAACUCACAAUAACUCGCUAUGCCAGAUCCUCCCACGGAGGAGUAUUCAGCAUCUUUUACGGACAAUGUCGAUCAGGCAACUCAAACAGAUCAACCCGAGCAGGGUGGUAUGUGGGAAUUGAUGGACCAAACUGAAAGAGCCAGAGCAGGUGCAGAAAACGAAUCCGAAACUGGUACUGAGACCGAUGCUUCGACCGGAACUGGAAAGAAAAAGAAGAAAAAGAAGAAGAAGAAGAAAAAGACGAAAAAGGUGAGAAAGAAGGACAGAUAUGAGUCACAGAAUUUUCUGUUGCGGAUUGAAGGCACACUAUGCUGUGCAUCUUUGGUCGUCGCAUUUGUCUGGACUUGUUCAAUAUUCAUCGCCUUGCUCAUUUUUCUGAUAUGGGCGGACUUUUCUGUUUCGGCGACGGUACAAUCAGUAAGGGAAUCGUGACCUUUGAGAUCUGUUCGAUGAUGUUUUUUGUAUAACAUUUGUAGCUCCGAAUAAAGCCUAUGAAUGGUUCAAUU